ACUGUCACGAGCGAACGAGUCCACUAUAACGACUGCUGCACUCUGUAUACGAAAUUUUGGCUAAGAUCUGGUACUAUACUGCAGGACGACGUUGAUAAUGGCAUAGAGGACAAGUUCGAGGAGAGGUUUAUCAAAAGCAAAGACUUGGAAGAAUUAAAACAAAUCCCUCAUCAUGUGACACUAACCAAUGGACCGUUUCCUCACGUGCCAAUUGAUAUGAGAGAAGGAAGCAAUGACUUAGUGCUUUUCAAUUACCUGUUCAUGCAAUUUUUGGAAAACACACAUCAAAUGCAUCGCGUCAGAGUGCCUGAUGUUGAUCCGUGCUUAUUACGUCGUAUGGCGUUCGAGGGAAAAAGGAACAUCUCUGACAUUGGAGGCGAUCACUUGAGCCCGUUGGAAUUACGAAAAGUUUGCAAUGCGUUAGCUUCCACUCUUCAUAUGUAUCGUAAU